AUGCGGCCCCUGUGGCUCUGCUGGGCCCUCUGGGCGCUGCCCCUGGCCGGCCCCGGGGCGGCCCUGACCGAGGAGCGGAUCCUGGACAGCCUGCUGCAGCAGCUGCACCUCAGCGAGGUUCCCAUCGUGGACAAGGCCGCCGUGGAGGGGCUCGUCAUCCCGGCCCACGUGAGGGCCCAGUACGUGGCCCUGCUGCAGCGCGGCCACGGGGCGCGCUCCCGGGGGAAGAGGUUCAGCCAGAACUUCCGAGAGGUGGUCGGCAGGUUCCUGGCGUCCGAGGCGUCCUCGCAUUUGCUGGUGUUCGACAUGGAGCAGCGGCUGCCGCCGCACAGCGAGCUGGUGCAGGCCGUGCUGCGCCUCUUCCAGGAGCCGGUGCCCAGGGCCGCGCUCCGCAGACACGAGCGCCUCUUCCCACGCAGCGACCGCGCCCGGGUCACCGUCCAGUGGCUGCACGCCCGCGACGACGGCUCCAACCGCACCGCCCUCAUCGACUCCAGGUGCGGAGGUCGCGGCUGCGGCGGCGUGGGGCUCGGGGGAGGGAAGAGGGGCUGGGCCCGGGGCGGGAGGAGGGGCGGCUCGGUCCCGGCGGGGACACCCGGGAGCGGGAGGGAGAGGUGGCCCCCGGGGCCACCCCGGGCAGUCCCAGUCCCCACCCCUGAGCGCGGGCCUGUGUCUCCCUCCGUGCGGUGUCGCAGGCUGGUGUCCAUCCACGAGAGCGGCUGGAAGGCCCUGGACGUGACCGAGGCGGUGAACUUCUGGCAGCAGCUGCGCAGCCCCCGGCCGCCGCUGCUCCUGCAGGUGUCGGUGCAGCGGGAGCACCUGGGCCCGCUGGCCUCCAGCGCCCACAGGCUGGUCCGCUUCGCCCCCCAGGGGCCGUCGGGCGGCCAGCAGGGGGAGCCCCAGCUGGAGCUGCACACCCUGGACCUCAGGGAUUACGGAGCUCAGGGAAACUGUGAUCCUAAGGCACCGGUGACAGAGGGUGCCCGCUGCUGCCGCCAGGAGAUGUACAUUGACCUGCAGGGGAUGAAGUGGGCUGAGAACUGGGUCCUGGAGCCCCCAGGCUUCCUGGCCUAUGAGUGUGUGGGCACCUGCCAGCAGCCCCCAGAGUCCCUGAACUUCAAGUGGCCGUUUCUGGGGCCUCGACAGUGCAUCGCCUCGGAGACGACCUCGCUGCCCAUGAUUGUCAGCAUCCAGGAGGGAGGCCAACUCCAGCCCCAGGUGGUCAGCCUGCCCAACAUGAGGGUGCAGACGUGCAGCUGUGCCUGGGACGGGGUGCUUGUGCCAAGGAAGUUGGAGCCAUAGGUGUGGGGUGUAGUCAUCGAGGACUUGGCUUAUGUGUGUGUUGAAAGUGUUCCGGGCACCAGAAGAGAUGGGGAUGACUGAACUGAUGAUGGCACAUGCUGCUCGUGCUGAGUUCUGACCAGCGCUUCAUACUGAGUUCUGACCAGUCAGCUCGCCUUCUGAUUUUUGUUUCUCAGGAACAAGACUCCCUGGACACUGGGAGCCCCUGCCCAGUCUUCUCUCUUCAACAUUUUUCACUGCACUGUAUCCUAAGCACUUACCUGUG